GCAGGUCGAGCUAGGAGGCUAGCUGGUUAGCAUCCAGUGGAGGACAGCUCGGAGUUAGAGACAGAUCCCAGUGACUCGGACCUGAGCUGCUUUACCACCUGACCGUUCUCCAAGUGACGCACAGAGACAAACAUGUCCGCUGCUUCGCGUGCUCCUGUCGUUUUCAUCGCGCUCACGUGAUAAAACACUCAUGCUAACGUUAGCCUGUUAGCAGCUCUGGUUGUCUUUUCUGCAGCUGUGGCUCUGCACGGAUCUAGACUGUAGCUCCAGCUGAUUUCAGGAGGCUGUCGUGUGUUUACAAAGAUGUUCCUGGUUGGGCUGACGGGAGGAAUCUCCUCGGGGAAGAGCACCGUGUCUUCCAUGCUGCGGGAGCUCGGGUGUCCCAUUAUCGAUGCCGACGUUGUGGCCAGGAAAGUCGUGGAGCCCAACACUCCUGCCUACUCUCGCAUCGUCCGCCACUUCGGGCGAGAGAUCCUGCUUGAGAACGGGGAGAUCGACAGGCAGAAGCUGGGUGAGCUCAUCUUCGCCGACGAGGAGAAAAGGAAGCUGCUGAACUCCAUCACCCACCCGGAGAUCCACAAAGCGAUGCUCAAAGAGAUCCUCUUCUACUUUCUCAGAGGUUAUCGCUAUGUGGUGCUGGACGUGCCUCUUCUCUUUGAAACCAGACGUCUCACUAAGUUUUUGAACCACACUGUGGUGGUUUACUGUGACCCUGCCACUCAGCUGUCCCGCCUGAUGCAGAGGGACGGCCUGACCCAGGAGCAGGCCGAGCAGCGUGUGGCCGCCCAGAUGCCGCUAAAUGAAAAGCGCGGCCUGGCCAAUCACGUUAUCGAGAACUCGGGCAGCCGGGAGGACGCCCACCGGCAGGUCCUGCGGCUGCACACAAAGCUGGAGGACUCCAUGGACUUCCUUUUAGUGAGGGUCAUUGCAAUCGCUGCCACCACGGGUCUGAGUGGGAUUCUGCUCUAUGCUGCUAAGAUCCUUUUAUCCUAACAGAGGAAAUUGGAGCUGUGAAAGUGUUCGCUCCCAGAUCUGGUCAAAGACGGGGAUGUGAACGGGAGCAGGCAGGUCGGAGGUAAUGAUGCAAAUUACUGUGAGAUUAGUUUCACACCACCCAUCACUGCAGCUCGGGGGUGCGACGUGCACUGAUUAACACGGACUCACACUGUUGACAUAACAUGUGAUGACAAAUUGUUGUUUUGUGUGAAGGGUUUCUAUGUGCAAUUUCUGUGGGGUUUUACUGUGAGACACUAAAACAUGAGGGUGAUGAUGUACACGCUCAAAUUUACAACCUGUGCUUACUAAUAUCAGUGAUGCUCUAAAUAGUGAUGUCAGAUUGGAACUUAAUCAUAAUGCAGGGUUCCACAAGUAGCUUAUAUUUGUAAAACCGUGAGGUAUGAUUAUAGAACGGAUGAGAUCCUAUUUGGUUAAACCUAUAGACUUUACAUACAGGUCCACGUCAUGACAGCUCCCCAAAAGUGAAGCCAAAUCAUCCGGAUCGCCCUCUGGUGGUUGGCUGCGGUAUAGGACAUAAGCCCGGCCUCCUCCAUGCUAGCAGAUGGAACAUAGGUCCAAAUAAAUAGUCAAAGUUCACCUCAAAUACUUUUUUUUCUGUCAUUUUAGGUAGGUCUUAACAAACUUAUGUUCAUUCAAGUGUUGAUUUAGUUAAUUUGGUUUCAUUUAGUUAUUUGAUUUGAUACAGUGUGAAACCUGAUGAUCGCCAGCUGAGACUGACUCCCUGUUGGUCGAGAGCAUGUAUCAGCAAGACCUCGAUACUGUGGCUACACACCAAGAAAAAAGAGGACGCCACCUGUCUCCGGGUUAAUUUAGCUUAAUGGUUGUGGGAGGAGGAGGUGAAGUCCAUCGUUAUACACCGUUCCCUGUGCUCACGCCUUUUGAAGCUGCUCAAAUUAGACAUUCUGUGUGAUUUCAUCGAUUAAAUAAAAACUGAUUGAGAGAAGAUGGAAGAAGUUAAAGAUUGUAGUCACUGACGUGUCUGUAGUUUUUAUUCAUUCUGCACCGACUCAUUUAGUUUUUUUCUUGCAGGAUCAUAUGAUUUCAACUGGAUGGGAUUCUGUCUCGGAAAAUAAGUAAAAUACUGAAUAUGAAGAUUGUGACGAUAAAGAAUAUGUAAUGAUUGUAUGUUAAUGACUGUAUAAUGAAGAAUGACAGAAGAUAUUUGACAAUCCAUUUUGAAUGGGAGCCGAGCGACUUUACACAAGAUAGCAGACUAUAUUUAUCAUAGUAUUUUCUUACACUUGAAGCUGUCCUCUUUAAAUACCUCAACCUGUGAUGUGUUUCCCUCAGUGCACACUCGCCUGUAACAUUUGUAAUGUGAGCUGCUUAAUUUUAACAUAAAUGAUCCAACACCACUGAUUUAAAGGAACAAUUAUCA